ACAAAAUUGAGGUUGUGAAGAGAAGAAAGUAAGAGUAAUAAAAGAGAGGAGCAACAAUUAAUGGUAAUUAAUGAAUAAGAGUGAGACAACAACAAUAAUGAUAGAAGCAGUCCAAUAAGAAGUAAAACGAGGAAGAGUCCUUUCAGUUCGAGAGAUUACUCACUUUUGUAACGAGUUACGGUAGGAUCGCUACUGACUUCAAUUCUGACCCAUGUUUGAUACCGUCUCAAGCCAUUGACUUACUCAGUCUUUAAGACUCGAACCAGGAAGACGUGAAGGUCCAAGAGAAGUAUUCACCUACAAACAUUAUGAUUUUUGUAUUCCUAAUAGGAUGGAUAGGAUAUUUGUGUUUUCAUCUACAUCUAGUUGAUUCUCUAUUCGAAAUUAAAAGUGACCCGGAGAUAUAUAUGAAUAUUAGUGAAAUAAUACGGGGACAAGGCUAUCUAGUCGAAGAACAUGAGAUUACUACCAGUGAUCAAUAUAUUCUGUGUUUAAUUAGACUUUACACAAAACAGUCAGUUUAUCAAAAGCGUAAAGUUGUUUUAUUGCAACAUGGAUUGUUGGACUCGUCACAUGCAUGGGUGAUGAAUUUAAAAAAUCAGAGUUUAGGAUAUAUUUUGGCUGAUUAUGGGUAUGAUGUGUGGCUAGGAAACAGCAGAGGCAAUACAUAUUCAAAAAAACAUAAGCAUCUAGAUUCAAGUCAAAAAGAAUAUUGGGAUUUUUCAUGGCAAGAAAUGUCGAGUUAUGAUUUUCCGGCUACAAUCAGAUAUAUUAUAUCUGUUACUAAGAUGAAACAACUAAGCUAUAUUGGAUUUUCUCAGGGAUCACUUAUCGCUAUGACGGCAUUAGAUGAUAACCCAGAAUUACAAUCAAAUAUUAAUUUAUUUAUCGCCUUUGGACCAGUUGGCUAUUUCGCAAAUGUGAAAGGCAUUUUCCUCCCACUAGUUCAUCACUAUAUAAUUGUUCAGUUUGUCUUAAAAUAUUUAACACGUGGUGAAGUCCUUCCGUCGGAUGAUUAUAUGAAGAUUUUGGGAAAGUAUCUUUGCGGGUUUGGCCCAAAUUUGUGCAUGUCAGUUAUUGAUAGUAUUGCUGGAAAUGAUGGCUUCAAUACUAAUUUGACACGUCUUCCACUUAUUAUCGCUCACUCUCCAGCAGGAACAUCGACUAAAAAUCUAGUCCAUUUUAGCCAAGUAAGUUAAAUAUUUAAAAAAAAGAAUAAAUCCUCCAGUACGUUUAGAGGAAACAGAUGUUAUGUGGCGUGGUCAACAGACGGGAAAAAUAACGGGAAUAUAACGACUUGCUUCGCGUUGAAAUAAAUUUGCAUAUCGAUUCAAUACUUUAAUUUCUAAAUAGAUAAACUUUACAUUGAUUAAUAGCUCAAACUUAGAUCAUUUGUUAUUGGCUGUAAGCCGAUUAGUCAAUAAGCUAUUAAGGGAAAUCCAUGUAUAAGUAUUACAAAAAGAAAGUGUUACCACCACUAAAAUUAGCUUGUUCACUAAAUCUUACGCUUGAUCCCAUUCCUAACAGAUCCCUCUGUAAAGAGAUUUUCUUUUUAGGAUGUUUUCAGUACUGAUGGCAUCCAAUUCGAACUUAGAGAUUAAACUCCAAUUCCUUUGUUAUAGUUAUAUGCCAGGGUAAUCCUUAAAUUCAAAGUGUUUAUUAUUCCGUGUAAGUAGUUUACAAUCGGCGUUCUUCCAAUAUAUUUUACAAUCAGUUUAGCGAAUGCUGUCACCUGCUUGAAAUUCUUUUCUAUGCUGAUUUCGGAUUGCUGUAACGAAUUACCCAAUUUUUAUUCACUUAAACUGUGUUUCAUUUGUAAACCAAAAGGAAUUUCAAUAUACUCAUAUGAGGGCUAUCACUAUGUUGUUCGAUUUAGGAGGAUCUUUCUUAAUGGAAAUUCAGAUUAGUGUAAAUUCCUCGUCUCGUAGGUUCAAUCCAGGUUUCAUCGCGCUAGUGGUGAGUACUUUUAGUUCGUUCUCAUUCUCAAUGUAGAAUGGUGACUCUGAUAGACUGUCAAAUGGAAUUGAGACUUGGAGAUUGACUUAGAUGCAAAAAGCAACCUCUUUACAGUACACUUGAAUAUAUUCAUCGAGAUUCUGGUAAAGUCAAGCGUUCUUAAUCAAUCAUGUUAGUUGAUGAGUUUAAUGACGGACGGAUUUUGUUCAAUUCGUUAAGGUUGUCCAUAUACGAAUUUUGAUGUUUGCUUUUCAUCAGGAUGAAAAUCAAUGAAUUAGUUGUACUGAAUUUUGAAGCCUUAACUGUGUGGAUUCAAAUGCGCAAAGGUUGAGAGAUUUUGAAGUUUUCAUCAGAUUUUCAAUGAGGUACACUGCUUCAACAAUUUCAGAUUCCGAAUUGUAGAAAACAUGGAAAAUUAUUUUUCACAUGGUUCACUAUCAUGUAAAGGAAAAUUCUUGGCUCUAACAGUCUUGUAUUAAGAGAGUAGAAUCGGCGGGUCUACUGAAAUCGGGUUCGAUAAAAAGACCUAAUGGUCAUAUUUUUUUGCGGCAAACUGUCUGCUUCAUUCGAGUCACAGCUAGAGGUUUAGGUGACACAGCAUCUGACAAACUGGUAGAUGCCGUAGGUAAGAUAUGAUCUGUUGUUUUUGUCAGUGAAGUUAUCUGAUCAUUUAUCAUUCUGAUUAAACAUUUUGUAAAUAGCUAAGCUUUGUCUGGAACGUGAUUGGAUUCCUUGGACUGCUUUUUUAAUCAUGUCAUACAUAUUACGACAACGCAACUUACAUUUCGCUACUCAAUAUUCCGUAAAUCCCCUUAUCUUCUUAUUGACCACUUUUUCUUUUCUGAAGUUAUCGCUACUCCCUAUAAAAAAAUCAGAACCCUUGUCAUUUGUUAAGUACUCUAAUUCCUUUUAAUUAGUUGCGUUUAAAUAUAUUUGGUACUAUUUUGAACCCUACCCAAAUCAGUCAUUUAAAAAAAGUCAGAUAUUAAUUUAUCUCAUACCUAAUCACACAUUCUGUUAGUUAGUCGUAAUUUAGUUGAAUACCAUAACACAUUCUGCCACUUGGUAGUUUACACGAGUAAAUCAUUGUAAAACUUAUAACCAGUUAUAUUUUAUUUGCACUAUUUUGUUGCUCACUCGUAUGUGAGGAGCUCUUAUUGGAUUGAACCUAAGUCAGGUCAUUCUGAUCGUAUUACACGGUGAUCAAAAUACAUAAGUAUUUCGCAAGUUUAUCACUACAACCCCAGUUUGAAAUGCUUUUUGACUUUCGAUUAUAAAAUUAUUUGGAAUUUUAUUUAUGAGUAUGGUUCUUUUAUCAUCAUAUACUUGGUAGAAUGAAAACGAAUUAAGUCAUAUCUCCGCAGGUUUUAAAUCCUUUAGGGAAGUGGUUUUCUACGUCAUCAAGACCUAAGCUUUCUCAAGCUUCUAAUGUCAUGAUGAAGCGUUACAAUGUGUUGACCACAUCUGGUGUGAGUAGCGAGUCUUUCACCGCUCCCAAAAUUUAUUCGUUUUACACAAUACUAAAGAGAGUAUGUCACAGAUCGCGUGUCUUCUUGGACGUGAACGGAGUACAAACCAUGGGAUAUUUUGUUUGAUUAUCAGCAGCUAUUCACAAUAUGAAAACUUUUUUGGAAACGUUCCAAGUAUUAUGACAGAGACGAAGAAAAUAUCUAUAGAGGAAACACAAAAUAAUUUUUAUCACGUAGCCUAAGCGAUGUAAUAGGUAGAAAAAAUUUUGCGAAUUCGAACAGUGCAAUUAGAAGUGAAAGAUAGUAAAUCAGACCAACUCAACUGGAAUUAUAAAAAAAGAUUUUUACAAAAGUUACGCUACUCUGUUUCUUCAAAUUUUAUGUUAAAUAUCAUAACUAGUCUCCAGUCGUAACUACAAGCUAAGGUAUUCUCAUUCAUUCUUUGUUGUUUUGUAAGUAUUAUAGUGUUUCUUUAAUGAAUUCAUUUCAGUAAAUGAUUCGUAAAGGUCGAUGUGUUAUGACUCGUCUUAACAAUUUUGCAUAUAAUCUAUGGCUUUCACUUGAUUUUUUUGUAUGGAGUAAGCAGAGUAUUCUUCUUCCUCUAUGUAUUUGAUUGUUUAACUCAAUCGAUGUUUAGUUCAAUAAAUAGACAUAUAAAACCAAGAUAGAUGCGUUCGUGAUAGUUAUACUCACGUACUCAUUAGAAAUACCUUAUUACAUCAGCCUUAGAAAAUCUAUUGGAUCAUAUUAGCCUUUGGAGUGUAUCUUAUUUAUAUUGUGGUACAUAGGGAAGCGAUAUUUCUUUAACCAUUUAAUAAAUAUUUUCUUAAAUACCAUGAACUAACUUAUUAAACAGUGAGAAAUUUUUUUCCGGAUAUUUUUUAUAGAUGAUUGACAGUCAUCUGCUACAGAAAUUUGACUACGGACAGUACAUGAAUAGACAUAUUUAUGGUCAAGACGAUCCUCCUUCAUACACUCUGAAAAACUUUAACAUUCCAACAGUCAUUUAUCAUGGCGGAAAUGAUCAUUUAUGUACAAACGAAAGCAUUGAUUUACUUAUACAAAGGAUUAACAAAACUAUCAUCUCUGUGAACUAUAUUGAAAAUUAUAAUCAUUUAGGCUACUUCUGGAGUACAAAUGCUGUAGACCUAAUUUACUCAUCGUUACUUAGAUUAAUCGAGAAAUAUCACGGAUAAGAUUUUAAGAAGUUGACAGUUAUCUCCAUCCAAUAAACCAAAUUAUCUAUUUUCUUCGUUU